AAGAGCGGCAUAGUCGAAUUUGAAAUUGCAACAAAGUAAUAAGCGUUAAACAAGCGCAGGCACAAAGCCAUAAACAUACACAUACUUAGUCAAGAGCUAUCUUUAUCGCAAACGAAUACUCUUUGAAAGUGAAAGCAGUAUUAUCUAUUUGUAUAUUCGAAGACAACUGAAAAAGAAUUUAAUAAAAAGUUCAAAAUGGCAGACCUACCGUUGAUCUUGAGCUUGGCAGAUGACUUGAGCCGCCUGUCACCAUUAUACGAACCAGUGUUCUACACUCGUUGGCCCGCCAUAACAACCACACCCGGCGGACGUCUGAGGAAAUUCGAGAAAGAUUUCCCCAUAGCCUCGGUUGGUAAGGAUGGCUUCCAAGCCAGUAUGGAUGUACAGCAGUUCAAGCCCAGUGAGCUGAGUGUGAAAGUAGUCGACGAUCACAUAGUAGUUGAGGGCAAGCACGAGGAGCGUGAAGAUGAUCAUGGUUAUAUUUCACGACACUUUGUUCGUCGCUACGCACUGCCGAAAGGAUUUGAAGCUGAUAAAGUAGUUUCCACUCUGUCAUCGGAUGGUGUUCUCACGGUUAGUGUACCAAAACCAGCCAUCGAGGAUAAGUCAAGUGGAAGAGUUGUCCAAAUCCAACAAACGGGUCCAGCACACUUGAAUGUGAAGGAGAAUCCUAAAGAAGCUGUAAAGGAUGAGAAGAAGAAAUCAUAAACAUAUAACUUGUUAUUUCAUAUAACUCGAGAACCUUGAAUUGUCAUUUCAUUAGUUCAUUGAAUUGUUUUUAUUAAUUAGUUUUAAAAAUAUUAAUUUUCAAUAGGAAGAAGUAUGUUUGUAAUUUAAGUUUCAAAUAGAAGUUAUAAUAAAAAUUAAAAAGAU